AAAAAAUACUCUCAUCUAGAAGUGCUACGGAAGGAGAGCAAAAAGAGGAACUUGAAAAGUGCAAAGAUUUGUGAAUAAAGGAACGCCCAAAACAAGAACCAUGUCGAAUUUCCGCCCGGACCGGGUGAUAUUGAAACGGCAGAUAGAAGAGGCAAAGUAUGAGCACCUGGUGGAAGGGAACUUGGACCAGGUCCGGGUUGAGCAGAAAGCACACUGGGAAAACAAGUCCUCCGAAACAAUAAGUAUUUGUUUUCCUGUUUCUAGUUUCGCUUUCGUGGCCACUGCGAAUCAAUUUUCAUGUCAAGAGCUGCCCUUGCGAGCUGAGGUUUGCAACAGACGGCUUCCUCCAAAUGCAAAUCCACAAAAUCUACCUGAAACUACAGGAAAUAACCGGGUGAAAAACAAAGUCAAGGAGUUGCUUGCCACCCAGCGCGACGCCGCUAUCCACGAAAGGAGAAAAAAGCUGUCCGCUUUGUUCUACAAGGAAAAAGACCAGUAUGAGGCCGAACUCGCCGAGCUCACGCGACCCGACCCCGCAAAGGGGAUGCAAAAAAUGAAGGACCGGGCGGCAGAGCUAAAAAACAGAAGAGAAACGGAACGAGAACAGCUAGUAAUUUAAAUUUUAUUGUCUCCUGCUGAGAUUGAUAACAAAACUUCUCCGAGUGUGAUUUCCAUGACGUGUGAUCUGCUCGUUCCUUUUGAUACAUCAGGAGCGCAAGGAAGUGGCGCACCAUACUUGAUGCUAGAAUUACAAGAUAAUUAUGUCACCCGACGGCUACUAACUUCAGGUGAAAGAGAAGCUGUACCAGCAGUGGCGACAGAGUAUAGACGAGCUGCGCACGCAGGACGCGAAGCUCUUCGAGCUGCAGGUCACCUUCGAAAGAGGCAUACAAAAAGACGAAAAAGCGGAGGCCGACGCCCAGGAACGCAGGGAAGCUGCGGUAAAUUUCAUGUUGCGAUCUUUGUCUUGCGCAUUCUCUUUGACAUCAGCAACCACAACAAUAUGCGCUACAAGCAGUGGUGAAUGCGAAUGAGAAUGUGAGCGAGUAGUUCAAAUAGGUCAAUGAAUUCCUGCUCCGAGAACAACCACUACUUAUCACUAUCAGAUAUACGACGCACUCUGGCAAGAGGGAUACCAUGCCAAGAUCGAGCGCGAAAUUCGCGAGAAGGAGAUGCGAGCCGGGCUCACCUAUGAAAUGCAAAAAUGUCUGGGUCUGGAAGCAUCACAACUUGUGAUGCUGUCUGUGGAUUCUAAAAAGAUGUGUAUUGCAUGACCAGCAAGAGGGGGCGAGUUUGUCCUACGUGGGGAGGGCAUUUCUCAUGCGGUAGAGGUAUCACAAAGCCUUCUAUUAAAAAUCUGUGAUGCUACAGCAACAGCAUGCAUCACAGACAUCAUGGCUCAUGGAAAAUGUGCAUGACAAGUCUGGAAAUCUUCCAGACCCAGACUUUUUGCAUUUGAUAUCACCGCCAAAAUGGCCGCUACCCUGCAGGAACAAAUAUUACUCAAGGAGAAGGGGGUACUUCUUGAAGAUUUUGUUGCUUGACGUGAAAUAAUAUGAUGUCACAGUCUUUCAGUGCGUUUUCUUUUGAUGCCCGUAGUUUUUCAACAACUUCAUCUGGCAUUUUUACAAUCACAAAAAAAAUCGACGUCCCAUUUGUCAUGCAGGAACUCGAAGAGGCCGAGAUCCUCGAGAAGGAGAGGGCAGAAAUGCGACAGCAGUGGGCCAACGCCGAGCGGGAGGCGGCGGAGCUGGUAGAGCGUAGUGCAGCGGUUGCAAAGGAUAUGAGAGUGCACAACUACCCCUCGUCCCCCUCUUUUGUCAUGCAAAAUACCAAAUCCACUCUGUGCCCCUUGGGAGUGUUAGCAUCACAGACUCUGGCAGCCCAAACACCACUACAAUCCUGUGAGAAUUUGUCAUGCAAAAGGAAAAGCUGCACUCUACUCUUGCUCUUGCAGGCCCUUCUAUUGCUGUAGUUCAUCCAAUACAAAUGAGGGGGAGGGGGAGUUGUGCACUGUCAUAAAGGAGGAGCGGAAAAAAGUGGACGCCUUUAAGAAAAUCAUCGAGGAAGAAAACGCAAAGGAGGAGGCGCAGAACAAACUCAUGGACAAGCAAUUCGUAUAAUUUGGAUUUUUGUGUUUGGAUAGAAGUAGCGGGAACAUUGUAUUGCUGCAAAUCUUGCUGCUGCGCUGGAUUUUUUCGAAUCUAUUUUCAGCAUUUUUUUUUUACAAAUUCUGGUGCUCGCAAGCUGCGCGAGAACUACUGUCUUUUAUCAUCACUCUAUCCAGGUCCUGUCAGUCCUGAAGAAGGAAAAGGAGCUCGCAGAGAAGGAGGAAGCAGAUAAAGCCCUGCAGAAAAAGAAAGUCCUCGAGUUCAACGAAAAGCUCAAGAUGGACAUGAAUCGUAUUUUUGGCUUGUUUAUGCAUUGCAAAACUAUCGUACGAGUGUAAAUUGCAUUACAAAUUUUCCCAAAAACAAAACUGCAAUUUGUCAUGCUAUUUCAGGUAGAAAGUUGGAUUUGUCAUGCAUAUCUGCAACAUCUGAAAGAAUCAAUCAACAGGUAAAGCCGAGUCCGACGCGGAGCUUGUCCGGCUCCAAAAUGAGGAGCAGGAAAGGCAUAUCAAAACGAAAAAUCCGUCCUCCCCAUAUCAGAACGAAGUUUCUGAUGCUGGAUUUCCGUACACAAAUCAGAUUCGUCUUGCAGUAGAGGGCUGCAUGCGUGUCCAUGUGCCGAGCCUGCUGGGGCGAGAGGUUUUGACGUAGGUGCCUAGCUCGCAUGACAAACGUCUAUGCUGUAGGUCCAACAGCAUCACAAACCGCCUACGUAGUGCGGCGGGCCCUCUAGAUUUGCCUUCUUGCAAGACAGACAGGAUUCGUGGCCACCAAUCUGCAUCACAAAUUUUCAGGCGCGUGCGUUUUCAAUAUGGGGAGGGGGGAUUUUUCCUUACGAUAAGGCAGUGGCAGAAGAAGUUUGCCAAAUACGAGGCAGAGGAGAACGCCAGGAGAGCGCUGCUCGUCGACGUAUACGCGGGGAGGAUGGAGCAAAUCGAGCUCAAGAACGAAGUCAGAGACCGGCAGAAGGCCGAGAUACUGGCGGAGAGAGCAAGGGUGGAGAACGAGGUACUAUGUAUAAUGGGUUAUCUCGCUCUCGCUAUGGUGUGCACUUAAGAAUUUGAAUACGGUGGUUAGUUUCAUCAAGUUGAAGUUUGUUCAUGUUGCUAUUCGUCCUGGUGCUCGUCCUCGCUGACUUUGAAACUAAAAGUAGAAAGAAAAAACGAAAAACAAAAAAAAAAACGACUUAGAUCACGCGCUUGGAGGGUAUCGACCAAGAGAGGGCACGGGCAGAAGCCAUCUUGAAAAAGCGACACCAGGAAGAAUUGUUCAGGCAGAUGGACUUCCAUCAGGUAAAGAUGUGAUGUACUUUUUCGACAAAUGCUUGCAGGACUCUUUUUUGCUGUGAUGUAGUUCCGCAACAUCUUGAAACGAAAGAAGUUGUGUGGUUGAAAAACCACGAUGAAAACCGAUACCCACGGGGACCAUUCUGAAGAAAACAAACUCCUUCUAGGUCCAACGGCACCGCGAGUUGCAACAACACAUGAUCGAGCAACGGCAAGCUUUGAUUGCCGAGGAGCGGUAUCCUGUGCAAAAGUAUCGUACUCGUAUUGCAGUCAUGCAUUACAAAUUUUCUUGCUAAGUCAAAUCCGCAUUGCAAAUUUUAUUUCUCAUGCUGAGGAAAUUUGUCAUGCAUUUAUACGAGUGCGAUACUUUUGCAAUGCAUAAGCGGUUUCGCCAGGCCAAGGAGGCAGAGGCAGACAAGCAAUUCGCCGUCAAAGCGUCGAUCAAGGUAUUGACUAGCUUUAUUUCGCUUUUCUUUGUCUGCUGCAUAAAGUUGUCCCGCGUCGGGAAUCAUCGUCAUUGACCAUUGCGAGUAAUAGUUUCUGCCUGUCCUCAAUGAAUAUGAAUCACUAGUAGCCCAGAGGACGCAUGACUCACUCUCGCAGCGUUAGAAACCUGCUUCAUGUUCUUACCACAGGCACACCAGGAGGCAUCUCUGAAGAAGCGGGAAGCCGACAAAAACUCGCGCAAGGCCCCAUGGGAGAAGUGAGAACAGCUCCUGCUCGCUUUGGUGCACGUCUCGAGGACGAGACGAAAACGCUUUUUGUUUUUCAUCCAAAGGUUUACUACAUAACAUCUUUGAAGUUGAUGAUGAACUAAUACUCAGAUUCACCAGAAAAACCAAAUCAGCAAAAAGAAAACCGUUUUAUUCUUCUAUCGUUUACUACACUGAGAUUCACCAGAAAAAGUAUAAUAGAAUGAUUAUUUCAUGACGAUCGACCGAUCUAGCAAGUACUAGCGGCCGUGGAAGAUUAUUGCAAAAUUAAUGUCAAGUCCGAAGAUGCAACCAGUAAGACAAGGAAGCUUGAUGCGCCGUGCGUCGAUUGCGCGACAAACCAAUUGGCGCAGCUAGGACCACAACUGUCCAUGCUUGUUUUGCUGAGAAACAGCAUCAAGAGGAGGACCGGGAAUAUGUCGAAUUGUGGACGAGAUUGCUACUGCAUCGUCGUUGGUGCAGGCCGCGCAUUGGAACGGCUCGUGCGCCUCCAAAUAUGUCGACGACAAGUGCAGCUUCUAGUGGAGCCAAUCCAAUGUCUUCGACGAGCACAAAAACUUCAGUGACCGAUCUAAUUUCCAGUUUGAACAAACAAUAAGCCAAUCAAGUACAAGUUUCAGUUUGUUUGUGGUAUGAUGGAUUUUCAAACAGGAGCAGUGAAAUCCGCAAAAUUUGUGGCGGAUGGAUAGCAAUAAAGACCGCGGCGAGCGAGGGAGAACGCGGUGGUGUCGUCGUGCAAAGUCUGAGAACUACUUCAAGUUGUCUUCUGACCUCUACUUCGCCCAGAAUGCAAUGUACAGAAAUUUUUGAUCUCAUUCAAAUGUAAGACUGAAAAAGAUGAGAAAAACAGAGGCAAUGCGAGAGUGAUUAACAAAGAAAAUCAAAAUAGAUAUAGCUAGCACGAUAUUGCUCCUGCGAAAAGCAGAGUAUCAU